UCGCCCCUCCUGCCGCAGUUCGGAGAAGCAGGUCGACGUAUCCGCGAGUCUGCGUUCGAUAACGCCGGCGAGCGGUCCUAGGAACGGGUGGCGCGAUAAGUAGAAAGAACCCUCCGAAGCCAUGGAGGAGCAAAAGGGAGGCCAAUGAUAUUAACGACAAGUGAAUUCGUUGUCGAUGCGCUUGCUCACGCCAUUGCUGAUCUGCGGUGUGUAGGAAAGAGGUGUUUGCUGGAAGUAUUUCAUCGGUGGUUCUGUAGAUUCUCUGGUAUACCCGCUCUGAAAUCUAGAGAUCAUUCCAGAAUUAUUCCUGUGAACCUAUAUCUAAGGCUCCGUUUGGGGCAGCUUUUUCGCUGCGGUGACGUUUUGAAAACACUUGGGUUGUGCUUGUUUCGCGCGUUUCACCCGCUCAUCACAAAAAGUGGACUAAAUUUGAUAUUAAAUGUGGUUGCGGGCGAUCCCUUGUAUCCCAAGCUUUUCUUUCGGACUUAUACUUGCAUGCCCUUAAGCACUGCUUCGCGAGAGAGCCGCCGAUCUCCCGUUUCAGAAGCCUGAAUCCACCGAAGAAACCACCUUCUUUGGAACCCAACAAGAAGGUUGUUUGAGAAAUCACAAACGACGGAUAGGAAGACCACUUGGGUUGCUGGAGAUGAAGGUUGUUCCUCUUUGCCGGCCGGACGUUUUUGCCGGAGAAGCCCCCAAUAAUGGAGAAGAUCUUCGAAGAAACUCUAGGAGAAAAUGACAGAUACUACACCAACCACUACCACCAUGAUUGGAGAAGCUGCGAGUUCUGGUUGGAUGCCAACUAUUAAUAUGCUGUUUGAUAGCGAAAAUAAUGCAUAUGAUUUCUAUAAUACAUAUGCCGAGAAUGUCGGCUUUUUUGUUAGAAGAUCAACCCUAUGGACGACAUCAAAAAAUAUUGUGACGAGAAGGACUUUCGUUUGCUCGAGGGAGGGUUUCCGAGAGAAGAAAAAGGGGGCGAAGGAAGUGAAGUCUCCGAGGCCCGAAACAAGGAUUGGUUGCGAGGCUUGCAUGACAAUCAGGCUCACACCUAACGGAAAAUACCGCGUAACGGAAUUUGAAGCAAAUCAUAACCACCCCCUUGCAACGGCCGCAUCAAUCCAAAUGUUGAAGGCCAAGAAGCUAAGGCGGAAGGCUCGUGCCACACGAGUUAAUUUGGUAGAUGACUCGGUGAAAACUCCGGAAUUCGAAACCGAAGACGAGGCUUAUGAAUUCUAUAACAUGUAUGCUGGAAGGAUGGGUUUCACUGUUCGACGAGCAAGCAUGACAGUAACGGCUGAUGAUGUUAUUACGAGAAGGAUGUUUGUAUGCUCUAAAGAGGGCUUUCGAGAGCGGAAGAAAGGUGCUAAAAGGGUGAAGAAGCCUCGCCCAGAAACGAGAACAGGGUGCCCAGCAUGUAUGAUCAUCAGAAUAACACCUGGCGGCAAAUAUCACGUCUCGGAAUUUGUUACGUGCCAUAAUCAUCCACUCUCUGCCCCUUCGUCUAGCGACUUAUUGGUUUCACAAAAUUCUGAAACAGGUGUUCUUGAUGAUGAAUCGGGCAUGGCAGAUGUCUUAAUGAUGACCCCUUUGUCAGCCGAUAACCCUUUCAAUAUGCAAGCUCGAACCGCUCAGGAUAUUAGUAUCCAUUCUGUUGACAGUAAACAUAUUAAAUCCGUGCUGGUUGGAGAUGCCGGGGCUACCCUCGAGUAUCUACAGAAAAUGCAAGAAGAGAAUCCAUCAUUCUUUUAUGCAGUUCAAGCUGAUGAUGACGAUAAUUUGAUCAAUUUUUUCUGGGCUGAUGCAAAGUCUGUGUUGGAUUUCAACUACUUUGGUGAUGUGGUCUGUUUUGACUCAACUUAUAAAUAUUUUGGUUAUGGCAGGCCAUUUGCGCAAUUUAUUGGGGUGAAUCAUCAUAAACAAGCUAUAAUAUUUGGUUCCGCGUUAUUGCAUGAUGAAAGCAAGAAAUCAUACAAGUGGUUGUUUGAAACUUUCAAGAAUACAAUGCAUGGAAAACAAUCUAAGACGAUUUUGACAGAUCGGAGUGAAUUAAUGACUGAGGCAAUAGCUGAGAUAAUGCCCGGCACAUUUCAUCGGUAUUGCGUGUGGCAUAUUUACCAGAACACACUUGAGCAGCUAACCCAGGCAUUUCAUGGUUCGAAAACUUUAGCGAGUGAUUUUAGUCGAUGUCUUUUCGAUUAUGAAGAUGAGGAUGAGUUUCUCAUGGCAUGGAGAACAAUGUUGGAAAAUUAUGAUCUCAAAGAUAACCAAUGGUUGGCCAAUCUAUUCGAAGAGAGGGAGAAAUGGGCAUUGGUUUAUAAACGAGAAGCGUUUUAUGCCGAUAUGAAAAGCGUUCAGUUGAAGGAUAACUUGAGCUGUGAGCUAAAAAAGUUUCUUUCACCUGAAAUAGAGCUUUUUCACUUUUAUGAGAAUUAUAAUAGACUACUCGAUGAAAGAAGAUUUGCGGAAUUACAAGCUGAUGUUCAUGCAAGUCAAAAUUCACGAAAAUUGCCUUCGAUGAGGGUGUUAAGACAAGCUGCAGAGUUGUAUACGCACGCUGCAUUUAAAAUGUUUGAAAAAGAAUUUGAGUUUUAUAUGGAUUGUAUGCUAUAUAGUUGUGGCCAGAUUGGGACAAUAUCAGAGUAUAAGGUAACCAUGGAUGAGAAACCUAAAGAUCAUUUUGUUAAGUUUGAUUCACUAGAUGGAAGUGUUACGUGCAGUUGCAAAAAGUUUGAGUUUAUUGGCAUUCCAUGCCAUCACAUGUUAAAGGUACUUGAUUCUAGAAAUAUUAAAGAUUUGCCUCAAGAGUAUGUACUCAAAAGGUGGAGAAAGGAUGCAAAGGUUGGUGCUUUUGGUGGAAGCUGUGACUUUCUAUAUGGUGGGAACCCCCAAACAUUGACGGCAAAGCGCUAUAACUAUUUAUGCCGCAUCUUCAGUAUUGUGGCUUCUAGAGCUUCGAAAUCUUUUGAUGCUAGUGCAUUUAUUGAGAGCCAGUCGGACGUGCUUAUGGAACAGGUCGAGCAAAUUUUAAGAGUACGAACUAUUGAGAUGUCUUCUUUAAUCAAUGCUUCGUGUGAUCGAGCGCAAAACUCAGUUGAAUCCAUUGUUAUUGGAGGCUUCCGACAUGACAGGGUCAGCCAAGGAAGUUUUGUGGGUGCCACAGCAAAUGGUUUUCUUGGCUCUCGGCUUUCACACCCAACUAUGUGUUGGGGACAGUUCCCAGCUGGUCCGCCUGAGCAAUGAAAAGCUGCUCUUCUGUAAUAAUAUUCCGGACUUUCUGCUUCCAGUGUAAUUCUGAAAACGCUCUUUUUGUUGAACCUGAUGUCCAAACAAGCAAUAAGCUCUAGUUUUUAUUCUCUAUAAAAAUCAAGUCGGUAUAAAUAUCUGAAAUGAAUUUAAUAGCUUGGUCUCCACGAUUUAUUUACUUGAGAGGUCAUUAAAAUGUUGUUUGACUAUGCCAGCAUACUUCUAAUGUGCAAA